AUGAUAAAGCGAGGAAUUGCUGCACAAAAGGAGUUUUAUCGCUUGCGACAGAAGUUUCGAAAAGAGUGCCGAAAAGUUAUACAAACGCAGGCAAGAUCUGGUGCGGGUGCAGAUCAUGUGCAAUAUGAAUCAGAUUGGAUACUAUAUGAUGAUUUAAUAUUUCUUGUUGAUUAUAUUCAACCUAGAAAAACAACAUCAAAUUAUCAACGGUCUAUGCACCAAACAGUUCUCGCUUCACAAACUUCACUUCUUGCCCCAUCGACAUCUUCAACAUAUUUAUCUAAACAAACUUCUAAUGAUAGCAUAUAUGGAAUGCUGACUUGUACAAAUGAUGAAAAGCUCUCUGCAGUGCAUUCCAUGGCAGCAUGUUCUCCUUCAUUUGCUUCAACCAAAUCAUCAACUUCAGACAAUAUAUCUGUAAGCACGUUGAAAACCUUGGCUGCUAAUGUAACUAUCAACAAAAAGACACCAUCAACAGACAUAUCUAAGAAGAGGAAGCGAGAAACAAUUGAUGAAGUGGAUAGAAACGAAUUGUGCGUUUGUGCAGUCGCAUUAAAAGUUAUUCACAAGUAUCGCGCACAUGAUUGCAAAAUAUAUCUGAGCGUAACACCUGAUCCAACAACAUGGGAAAUUUAUGACGUAGAGGUUGAAGGAUUUUAUGGAACUGUGCAACUGGCAAGAAAAAAAGCCGAAAACAGCAACUGCACUUCUACUGAAGAGAAUGUUUUUCGUGGGAAAGGUCAGCGAAAAAAAAAAAGAAAGCUUUUGACCAGCGACAACAGUGAAAGUUCUGAAGAUUUAGAAUCAAAAUGUUAUAAGCCUCCUCCACAAUUAAAUAAGAAAAGCAAUGUGAUUAAGCAAAAUUACAAAAUUUCAACACUUAAUGUAUCACAUGACAAGCUACCGGACUCUAUUCUGUCUUCUUCAACAACAGAUAUUUGCAAUGGAGAAUUUUCUUGUACAGAUGUACUAGUUAAUGAAAACAAUCAGAAUAGCAAUGUCAUAACAUUGAACGAGAUUCCUGUUGUAAUAGCGUCUAAUUCAACAUAUACACCACCAGCUUUUGAAAUAGAAGAACCAAUUCGUCCAAAUAGAGAAGUUACCUCUGGUAUUCAAAAACCAGUCACGGAUGUCAGCUCAAAUACCUACAACAAAGUACAAAGAAUUCUACAAGAAUGUACGUUAAUAAAAAUGUACGUAAAAAGUAUUGAUAUCCGACUGAAAUGUCUCGAGAAUAGAAAGAAAAAAAAUGAUUCCGAUGGAGAGGAAGUACAAAUAAUACAAGAUCAAUUGCCUAUAAAAACAAUUGAUCAAUUGAUUCAUUUUGAUCAAUCUAUGGAAAACGAGAAUGUUAAAAAAGCAUUUAUAAUGUAUGUCAAACGUAUUGGUGGUGGAACAGACAACGUAAAAGUAAUAUUCAAAAGAAUUUUUACAAAUCACCUUGGUACAAAGUGCAGUUGGUUAGGCCAACGAAACAAUUUCAAGAUUUGUGAUCUUUCACUAAUAACAGUAAUUCAAAAUGCAGUAUUGUCGACGCAUUACAAUUUUCAAGAAAUACAUUUUCAAAAGGCAGCGAGUGAAUGGUUCCGUCUUAGCAAAUUAAGGCUUUCAAGAGAACAAAAAUAUAGACAUGAAGCAGACGCAGGUGAUAACAAAGAAAAUUAAAAUAAAUAAUGAAAAUUGAUUUUCAAAUAUUUUUCUUAAUAUAAUUAUCUUAUAAGUAACAAUAUGAGUUCAAAUGCUGUGAAAAAUGUGCAAUGUAAAAAAAAGUGCAGUGUGUACAAAUGUAGUACAAAACAAAUCAAAUCUUACAUAUACAUAUCACACAUGUACACAUCACUUACACAUGCAUAUAUGACUAGUAACUUGAAUAAUUUUUGCCAUUGCUAUAGAAUUUAUAAAAAAU